AUGUUUUUCAGCGAGACGCUUUUGCAAGAGCCUUCAGACAAGCAGACCACCAGAACAUGGUCGGAGGUGGCCUCUUCUCGCUUCAAGUCCCGUCGAAGCAAGCACCCGCGUAAAAAGCAGCGCACGAAUUCUCAAGAGUAUGACGAUCUUCUGGUCUUUGGGUACGAGGUGAAAACUUUUCGCGACGACGAAAUGUCGAAGAAAGUCGACGAAGGCAACUUGCUCAUUAGCUGGAGAGGGGAGACGGAAAACAGAAUCUUGCUCGACAGAUAUGACGUAAGAAAUUUGCUUGACGACCGCGAACAAUUCAAGAAAGCGUCUUACACAAUGUCACGGAGAAAUGAAGACAUCGAGCAAGAGAAAAUCAUUGAUGAAGAACGUUGGAGAGAUUUGGAUUCUGAGUCCGAAGAUCUCUUCGAAAUGUCUGAAGAGGAAAGAGACGAAUAUAUAGAAGAAAAAAAGGAAAAGAGGACUACUGACGAAAACAAAGGAUACAAUUAUCACUAUCAAUAUACCGAAGAGUCCCAGUCCUAUGACGAAACGGAGGAGAGUAAUAACGAAGUCAAAUCGACGUAUACUCCAAAAUACUCCGUUCCCGUGGGCAUGACGACACCUCUGGACAAUCGUGUGGACGAGAUCAUUGAACGUACUGCUAAAUUCCUUAACGCCAGCACCGAUCCCCAGAUGGAAAUUGUCAUCCAAGCCAAACAAGCCAGCAAUCCAAGCUUCUCGUUUUUGAACAAGGAAGACCCACUCUAUCCUUAUUACAAACAUGUUCGUGUAUUGCUUCAAACUG